GCCACGUCUCCCGGUACAAUCUUAUACGAUUCUUACCUCAAGUUCCGGCCUGAAAACUGUCAAAAAUGUAGCGUUUCUGAAUGAAAUGUGACGAUAUAAGUGUUGUAACACAGAAGAACAACCUUCAGUUGAUACCGCAAUGCCGAUUCGCCCGUCCAGUUGACGUUGGUUUCCGUCCAGAUGGACUUUUCGAAAGAUACAGAACUUGACGCGAAAGGGCCUGAACACCCGCUUCUUCUGUCAUCCCAAGACAGCGGUAGAGACGACUUGGACCGUCUUAAGAUCAGAGAUGGGGAACUUAAAACUAGGAGACGGAAGCCCUUCCUCACGCCGAGAGUCCGAUGGCAGGUGGCCAUUUUCUGCUGCCUGUUCCUGGGUUACUUCAGCAUUAUCCUCUGCAGAGUGGGAACCGAAGUCUCUCUGGCUGCCAUGACAGAUGACAAGCAGCUAGAAUUCACCAAGUUUGAUGCUGGAACAGUGUUGGCGUAUGGAAACGGUGCGUACAUCGUGGGUAAGAUGCUGUCUGGUGCAGUAGCGGAUGUUUUUGGAGGCAGGAGAGUGAUGAUAUCAGCCCUGACUGCUGUGGUUGUCUUCACCUCGCUGUUCGCUAAUGUCUACACGAAGCUGUUCUUCAUUGGGAUCUUCAUGAUCAACAAGAUAUUCAUGAGUAGCGGCUGGCCUGCCCUGACGAAGCUGGUCUGUGUCUGGUUUGAUGAGGAGCAUUAUGGGAAGGUUUUUAGCGGCAUGUCCAUGUCCAGCAGGUCUGGAGGUCUGGCGUCAACCUUUCUCUUGGGAGGUCUCCUCUCCGCAGGCCUCCACUGGCGAGUCAUCCUCUACAUCGCAGCUACAGUCGCCCUCUGCAUGAUGCUGCUCAGUGCCUGCAUCCUGCGAGAGUCGCCCGUAGAACUCGGCCUUCAGGCAUCCAUCAAAAAGCCAAAGGACGACUUUGAGGGGGGGAACGGACACCCGCUGGACAAAGCGGGGCUGACGGAGGCGUUGUUUUAUUUCGCCAGAAGUCCUGCCUUCUGGUGUCUGGGUAUCGCCAAUCUGUUUCUUACAGGUUGUAUGGAGAUGCAGAGCAUCCUUCCCCUGUAUUUUAAGGACAGUCUGCACCUGUCCCCCGGACAUGCAACUCUCGUCGCCUCGUCCUUCCAGGCGGGCGCGGUGGCCUCCCUGCUGAUUAGUGGAAUCGUCUACGACCACAUCGGACCUCGCGCUCGCUUCCUCUUCCUCACGUGUCUCCUAGCGAUCUCCACGGGAUGUCUGGUCAUCCUCUGGAGAGUACCCAACAUUGAGGCCUCUCUAGCCGGUGUUGUAGUGUUUGUCCUCGGUGCGACCAUCUCUACUCCGUACUACAUUCCUGGCGGCGUAUUCUCCAUGUCCUUCGGAGGAGAGCGUUACUGUUCCACCCUCGUUAGCAUCCUGGACGUCUUCGGCUACUGCGCCUCCAUCGCCAUGGAUACCAUCAUGGGGUCAAUGACCUGGCAUGACCUUUUCACCGCCCAGGUCAUGAGCUGUGUCCUGGCGCUGGUGUUUCUGGGAGUGUUCAUGGGUACCAAAGCUGCCCGAUGAUGGGUUUUGGGACAUUCCAUUGUGUAGAUAUCUUUAUAUAUAGUGCAGGGCUCAAAAUACUAGUCUACCUCUACCUCUGGAUGAGCCAUGUGCAAUACGGAGGCAGGACAGUGAGAUACAUGUAACAAUUAGUACAUGUAACAAUUAGUACAUGUAACAAUUAGUACAUGUAACAAUUAGUACAUGUAACAAUUAAGGAUAAUCAAUCUUAUCUACUGCAGCUAUUAUUUAUUAAAAUGUAUAUAUUCAAAAAUAGAUGUCAAAUCAGCAAUAUUAACAGAUUACGUGUUUGUAUCAAAUAUUAUCAUGAAAUAUAAUCAGAUUGUGGAAAAAUACACUCAGAAAGGGGGUAAUUUGUGCUAUGAAUUAUGUUUAUUGGUGAAAGUUAACAAUUUUUACUGAUUUUUAUGUUGCUAUUUCGUACAUGUUAAUUUUAUUCAAUGUUGUUGAAAAAUACCCAAAAUAGUGCUGGUCGCGUAGAGUGGAUAUAGAGUAGAUAUCAAUCAAUAUAUGGAAAAUAUAUGGAAAAUCAAUAUAUGGAAAAAUAAUCAUUAAUCAUGUUUUUUGAUAUUUGAAUUAUGUAUAAUUUUAAACAUAAAAAAGAGGCAAUCCUGUAGUUUGGGUAAGGUGGUUUUUCUAUUGCAAUAACAAAAUAAAAUAGAUAAAGGGAGACAAAACUUAUUUUAAUCGCUUGUUUAAUUGUUCAAUAUUGUACUAUUAUGUUACAUACUAGUAUAAAGCACACCCUCAUUUGCAUACACGUACAAAAUGUAAUACGAAACCAUCGUCAGUGAAACAUGGUACUGUAUUCUAUUUUCCAAAUAUAAAUGAGUUGAUACUAUUGAAAUGAACAACGCUGUGAAGAUAAAACCUAAACACGUUCACGUACCAAUUCCUUACAUGUGCAUCUUGCCAAGGACAUUACUGGUAUACAGAUUAUAUUUCCUUGUGUAGACUAGUCUAUAAUAAGACCUUGAUCU